ACCAGCAUCCAUCGUUGAAUUUUCCCCCUUUUUGAUUAUGAUUCAUCUACAAAGGCUUGCACAUUACCCUUUUGAGGAUCAUAUGCUUUAUUUGAGUUUCACCCUCUUUAUUUUUUCAUCUAUUUUGUGUUAUUUAGUGUUUGAGUAGUGUCAAAUUGUGAGGGUAUGCCGCAUCAAUUCAUUAGAAGAGUAGUUGAAACCAAAAUGAAACUUUGUUGCAUAUUUGGGUUUCUUUUACUAGGAUAAGCUAAUUCUUGCAAUCCCUUCCUUUUUCAUAUGCAGAUUAGGAAUUCAGUCUAUUAGAGCAAAUGAAUUUACUGGGUUUGGGAAAAUUUAUAGCAUCUAGGUCAUAAUCUAUCUUCCGCCAACUCUUGCAGUAAUGGCCAUGAUCUCCGUUUGAGUUUAUUUAUUCAGGUUGAUUGUGGAAUUAACUAUGUCCUAGUUGUUGAACAGUUUCAUAUGUGUAUAUAACGUAAGUGAUUUCACAAGGAUGGUCAUGCAUUUUUGUUUCAAAUAUUGAAUGCUGAUGUCAUUCUCUCUUUUUUUUUUUUUUUGUGGCACUUAUGAUUAUCAUCCCAGGUCAGGUUGGCUUCAUAGGGUUCAAUGCAGCAGCGGCAGCAGGUUCACCUUCGACUACUCCAGGUUGUACAAUAAGAUUUGUUCCUGCAUUAAAUUUAGCUUCUUGAUUACUCCGUGCUUGCCCACUUAUGCUUUAAUUUAUACACAUUUGGCUGUCCUUCAUGUUUUUAUCUAAUAUCCUUUGAUCUCAUAUGCAUAAAGGAGAAGGCCACUGUAUAUCUUUCCCUUCACCAACAAAACGAGCUUGACCUCGAACUUCAGCUCUUGCUAACCCACUUUCUAUAACAUGGUAUGCUCCCACUUAUGUUUACCUCUUUCCAAGUUAGUUAUACAACAUGAAACCUCUUUGAUCGCCUGAUAUCUUCCCCAAAGCAUCGAUCCACUUUCAGAAUUGCAAAGGCUAUUCACAUUCCUUUUGGUUACUGUUGCCAACACAUGUCUCUUGGUCCUUUGUUUCCAAUUUCUUCCCUUCGGUUCCUUCUUUUGAAACCAAACAUUCCCCCCCAGCUCUUUCUGUCAUCAAUUGUUCCUUCUGCUUUAUUUCUCAGAUGUAUAGAUGACUGAAUGGUAACCACACCCUCACCAUCAACAAUUGUACCGUUACUUCGUUAGGGCUGGGACUAUUUAGUAUUUACUGACUUCUCUGUUUUCAGUGCUUUAUAUCCUUACUGCUCUGUUAACAUCUCCCUUCUCACAACUAUUUGCCAUCUGUUUGCAGGUCUGAACCAACAAAUUACGCAGUUGUCAUGGACAUGGAUGUCAAGCAAUCAGAACUAUGACAAGCAAGAACAGACAGAUAAGGAGGUGAAGAUAAUCUCGGAGACUCUUCAACAAGCUGUUACUGAAAACCAAGCUAUAGCUGUUACUGAAAACCAAGCUAGGAACCAUUCAGGGCUUUGGAUGAUGCAUUUCCCUGCAUAUUCUUUUGCUCUUGUGUUCUUGCUGUACUUCUGCGAAGAUAAAAAUUAUCAGGAGUGCUAAAGGGAAUCUGUACUUCUUGGACCCUCAAUGUUGAGGACUUGGUUGAUUUCUUAUACGAAAAGGGUGGAUCUCCUUCCAUUUGAGGUCAGAUACUGGUUUCUUAUUGAGAAAUCAUCAUCUUGUAACUUUCAUUUUGAUUAUAUUUCGGUUAUCUUUGCAGGUCGUGAAACAACGUCUGCAGCCCUGAAUUCAAGGAUUCUGUGAAAUGUGGUUAUCUUCAGUGUGUUUGUGUUGAUGUUACUUUCAGGUCGUUUCAUGACAAAGAUCGGUUUGAUGCCUAUUCAGGUGGAUCCUUCUUUCUUUAGGAAGUCGAUGAUCAUUAGAAACAAAAAAAAUUGAGUAGCAAACAUGAAACAUUUAGAUAAAUUAAGCGACCAAACAUGCAAAUCACUAUUUUAGUUCAUAAUUCUUAUAUAAUAAAUUGUUGGGGACAUCUGAUUACAUCUAAAAAAUACGUACACUAGUAAUUUUUUAUAUGGUAAGCUUAAUUAUCAUAAAUAUCUUAAUUUAAA